AUGGUUGAAACUAGUUAUAAUAGUUAUGUGAUGGUGGCAACGGUUAAUUUAGCAAUGGUUGCUUUGGAAACGACAGAGAAGUGGCGAACAAAGCUACCGAUCAAAGUCAAGUGGCUACGGAACUUCAUAACGGUGUGGUACGACCGGUCGGAGACUAUUAUGGAUGAACGAAGUGGGCUAGACUAUGUUUAUGUAGAAGAAAAAGAGGAUUUUAGGGUUUUAUGGUGGCUAGAGGCAUCUCGAGUUGGUUUGGGUGAGAUUCGAUGGUUGAAGGAGAGGUUUAACGAGUUGUAG